AUGAACCUGAGUUCCGCGCAUUGUAAACUUCUGCAACGGGUGUGGCGAGAGCUGCGUGAAGAGAAGCUGAAGCAGAUCGAGCGGCCGACCUCCGUCUAUUCGUUUGAAGAAGCGGCCUCCAGUUCCGAGGAUCCGUUCUUCGCCUUGGACUGUCCGCUCAGUCUGAAUCUCCCAUGGUCAGAUCCCGCUCAACAGACCCUCUACCAGAUCGUCCUCGGCUUCGUGGACAACGCCGUUUGGGAACUCCGCAGCCGGGAGUUCCGUCUUCGCCUCAGAGCACAUUGCCGACGAUUCGGGCGACAAAUGGCGGCCGUCUUUCGAGGAACGGCCGAUCUGGAUCAAUCCCUUUCCUGGGAAUUGCUAGGCCUAAGUCAAGUGCUCGAGGGCAUGAUCAGCUCCAGUCGAACGCUGAACCCCUCACAUCAACAGAGUUUCCGAAGGAAUGCGACAAAGCUAAUCAUCUGGCAACUCUUCCUCGAGAAUCUGUCCACCAUGGUUUUCGAGGCAUUCUGUUGGAGUGUGGCCCGAGAUUAUACUCCCAAUCCCCUGCCCACCAUCUACGAAGCCGACCCCAAGAUGUGUUUCCCUCAUCGUGUCCACUUCCGUCAAAAGAUUCCCUUCUUGAAGCGUCUUCUAGCCAAAUUUGUUAGUUUUUGAUAUACGACUCUGUUUUCCUAGACCCAAAUGCUGUCGUUAUUUAUGGCUCAACAUACGUAGAGGGCAAAAUACUUAGAUUUCGCAAUGGACUUGAAGAAGAGACUUUCAGAAAUCCUGAACUUUGAGAAAAAAGGGAUAAAUCCUUCGAACUUUACAAUUUCCCCAGGAUUAGACCCCAAAAAAAAAACACUCAAAUCUCUGCUCAUCUGACUCCCAGCCCCUCAUUUGCAUACUAAUCAUCCUCAUUUCAGAGCCGAGGUGCCGAUAAAGAACGGGGAAAGCCGUGCCCGCGAAGUGAAAGUCUGGGAGCGCCGCCAUUCUCAGCUCGGUUUGUCAGGAGCCGCACAUUUUGUGCCGAAGAAUGCUGA